GUGAGUGGCUGCUGAGGGCGCGCGCAGCGGGGACGGAAGUCGUUAGACUAAAGAUGGCGGCGGUCACCAGAGGCUCCUUCGCUGUGUUCCGGCAGCUGCUGACUCAUCAGUACCGGCGUCGAUGUUUCCGGCUGCUGAGCUUCAGGUCCGACCGGACCAUUCGUCCUCUGAGCUUCGGAUGGGAAUCGAGCCUGCAGGUGUUCAGCAGCAGGACCCUGCACUCCUCCGCCGUGAAUCGAGGACCAGUCGUCUCGUUCAAACUGUCCGACAUUGGAGAGGGAAUCAUGGAGGUGACGGUGAAGGAGUGGUACGUGAAGGAGGGGGACAAGGUGUCCCAGUUUGACAGUAUCUGUGAGGUCCAGAGCGACAAGGCCUCCGUCACCAUCACCAGCCGCUACGAUGGCGUCAUCAAGAAGCUCUACUACGCCGUGGACGCCACGGCGCUGGUGGGGAAGCCGCUGGUGGACAUCGAGACCGAGUCCAGUUCAGAGGUGAUCCAGGAGGAGGACGUGGUGGAGACGCCCGCCAUGGCUCGAGAAGAGCACACCCACCAGGAGAUCAAAGGACUCAAGACCCAGGCCACGCCCGCCGUCAGGCGCCUCGCCAUGGAGAACAACAUUAAGCUCAGUGAGGUGGUGGGGUCGGGGCGAGACGGACGGAUCCUGAAGGAGGACAUCCUGAACUUCCUGGCGAAGCAGACCGGAGCCAUCAUACCUCCGACCCUGUUCCAGGAGAUCCAGACUCCACCCUCUGCUGCUGCCAGGCCUGUGGGCACUACGGCAGUCAUCGGACCUCCACCCGCCACACCCAAACCUAUCUUCACCGGGAAGGACGUCACCGAGCCCCUCAAAGGUUUCCACAGAGCGAUGGUGAAGACGAUGACGGCGGCGCUGAAGAUCCCUCACUUCGGUUACUGUGACGAGGUGGACCUGAGCCGCCUGGUGGCCCUGAGAGCUGAGCUCCGGCCCGCGGCCGAAGGUCGUGGGGUCAGACUGACCUACAUGCCCUUCUUCAUCAAGGCCGCCUCCCUCGGCCUCCUCCACUUCCCCAUCCUCAACUCCUCAUUGGAUGAAAGCUGCCAGAACAUCACAUACAAGGCGGCGCAUAACAUCGGCCUGGCCAUGGACACGGCUCAGGGUCUGCUGGUCCCCAACCUGAAGAACGUCCAGCAGCUCAGCGUGUUGGACAUCGCCCAGGAGCUGACCCGCCUGCAGGCGCUCGGGACCGCUGGCCAGAUGGGGACCCACGAGCUGAGCGGGGGGACCUUCACCCUGUCCAACAUCGGAUCAAUCGGAGGGACCUACACCAAACCCGUCAUUCUUCCUCCUGAAGUCGCCAUCGGAGCUCUGGGGAAAAUCCAGGUUGUUCCUCGGUUCGAUGCCGGCGGUCAGCUGGUCCGAGCUCACAUCAUGAACGUCAGCUGGUCGGCGGACCACCGCGUCAUCGACGGGGCCACCAUGAGCCGGUUCUCCAACCGGUGGAGGGAGUACCUGGAGAACCCGGCCAGCAUGCUGCUGGACCUCAAAUAAAAGGGAUAUUUCCCAUCAGCCCCUGGGAGACCUCCUCCUCCUCCUUUGAGCAAGGCAGCGGGAGGAGGAGGAGGUCCAUCAUGUUACGUCCAUGACGACCAACACCACUCAGUGGAGGUUUGAGGUACUUCGUCUGUUUCUAAUGUUUCACUUCUAACUUCCAUCAGUAAAUCUAGUGGGAACCGGAGAACCGGAGAACCCAGUCCCACUGUUCCUGUUCGGUCUUCAUUGGUCCAGUGUUGUCACAGAAACACCAGGACCUGGUCUGAGACCGGUUCUCACUAGAACCGGGUUCCUGCUCCUCAAACUGAAGUUGUGUGUGUUUUUAAAUCCUCCUGAUCUGUAGUUGGACCUCCUGGUUCAAAGGGUCUGUGUAUGCAAAUGAGGUGGGCGGAGCCAGUCAUGUGACUGAACCAAAGGUUUCUGAACACCAGCCCCGUUCAAAAGGUUCUGGUCCUCCAGCUUCUGAACACACAGUUCCAACUCAACGGGGUCCUCUGGUCCAGACCCUCCUCUGCUGGAUCAGAACCAGUCCUGGUCUCAAGGCUCCGUGGGUCUCAUAUGAAACUGAAGUGACCUUUGUAAAUACUCCUCAUGGUUGGUGGUCUGGUUCUGGGCUGGUGUGAAAGAGGUCUCUGUAGACCUGGUCCGCGUGGUGGUCCGACCCGUCUGGUACAGAACCUGUGGAUAAUCUGUCUUCCUGCUUGGUUUUAGUUUCUAGCGACCGACGAAAUGUAAAACUGUAAAAAAAAGCAAUGUGUUUUUGUAUUUUCGGGUUUGACCUGGAGGACGAAGAAUAAAGUUGAAGUGCACAAAGCU